AGUAAAAGUUGUUCGAACGAAUAAAAUGGAUUUCUCAAGUCAGAUAAAAAAUCGUAAGAAGUCCCUCAAGCCAACAAAAACGAUUCUAACAAAUUAUUUAGGUGAAAAAUUCCAAAUGCAAGGAGAGACUGCGGAGAAGCUAGGUGAAGGGUUUUCCUUCGUUGUCGAUGACAAACCAGACCUCCAGGUCGUUAAAGUCGCCCCUGGGGUGUUCCUGAGCUCCCAAGACCCAGUAUUUUCCCUGGAAAUCCUAAAAGAAAACGAUAUCAAGAGCAUUCUGAGUCUCGGCAUCGAGCCAGACGUCAAAUUCCCCUCGAUUUCCUAUUCUUUCGUCGAGAUACUAGACAUCCCCGAGUUCAGAAUAGCGGACGCCCUCGUUGAGUGUCUCAAAGUGAUCAGGAAUCAUCGAGAUGAGAAUAUUCUUGUGCACUGCAACGCAGGGGUCUCUAGGUCCCCCACAGUUGUGAUUGCUUACCUCAUGAGGGAGGUGAACUUGAGCUUUCAGGAGGCGUUUGAUAAAGUUAAAAGAGCGAGACCCUGUGUGAGACCCAAUGAGGGUUUUGUCAAGCAGUUGAAAGAACUUGAGACCAAAAAAGGAAUGAGGACAUUGUGAAAACAGUCAUGAGAUAUAUAAUAUGUAUUAUGAAAUAGACAAUUGCCGAUUUUUGUAGUAGAAUAAUAAAUAAUCAAUUUUUUU